UCUCUAUCUCCCUCUCUAUCUCCCUCUGUUUCUCCCUCUGUUUCCCCCUCUGUUUCUCCCUCUCUAUCUCCAUAUGUUUUAUCUCCAUAUGUUUCUCCCUCUCUAUCUCCAUAUGUUUCUCCCUCUGUUUCUCCCUCUGUUUCUCCAUAUGUUUCUCCCUCUGUUUCUCCCUCUCUAUCUCCCUCUCUAUCUCCCUCUCUAUUUCCAUAUGUUUCUCCCUCUCUAUCUCCCUCUGUUUCUCCCUCUGUUUCUCCCUCUGUUUCUCCCUCUGUUUCUCCCUCUGUUUCUCCCUCUGUUUCUCCAUAUGUUUCUCCAUAUGUUUCUCCCUCUGUUUCUCCCUCUCUAUCUCCAUAUGUUUCUCCCUCUGUUUCUCCCUCUCUAUCUCCAUAUGUUUCUCCCUCUCUAUCUCCAUAUGUUUCUCCCUCUGUUUCUCCCUCUCUAUCUCCAUAUGUUUCUCCCUCUCUAUCUCCAUAUGUUUCUCCCUCUGUUUCUCCCUCUCUAUCUCCCUCUGUUUCUCCCUCUGUUUCUCCCUCUGUUUCUCCCUCUGUUUCUCCCUCUGUUUCUCCCUCUGUUUCUCCAUAUGUUUCUCCAUAUGUUUCUCCCUCUGUUUCUCCCUCUCUAUCUCCAUAUGUUUCUCCCUCUGUUUCUCCCUCUCUAUCUCCAUAUGUUUCUCCCUCUCUAUCUCCAUAUGUUUCUCCCUCUGUUUCUCCCUCUCUAUCUCCAUAUGUUUCUUUCAACACAGGGCCCAACCUCCCAGCUUGUUACCAGUUCAACACAGGGCCCAACCUCCCAGCCUGUUACCAGUUCAACACAGGGCCCAACCUCCCAGCCUGUUACCAGUUCAACACAGGGCCCAACCUCCCAGCCUGUUACCAGUUCAACACAGGGCCCAACCUCCCAUUCAACACAGGGCCCAACCUCCCAGCCUGUUACCAGUUCAACACAGGGCCCAACCUCCCAGUCUCUUACCAGUUCAACACAGGGCCCAACCUCCCAGCCUGUUACCAGUUCAACACAGGGCCCAACCUCCCAGCCUGUUACCAGUUCAACACAGGGCCCAACCUCCCAGCCUGGCCCAACCUCCCAGCCUGUUACCAGUUCAACACAGGGCCCAACCUCCCAGUCUGUUACCAGUUCAACACAGGGCCCAACCUCCCAGCCUGUUACCAGUUCAACACAGGGCCCAACCUCCCAGCCUGUUACCAGUUCAACACAGGGUCCAACCUCCCAGUCUGUUACCAGUUCAACACAGGGCCCAACCUCCCAGCCUGUUACCAGUUCAACACAGGGCCCAACCUCCCAGCCUGUUACCAGUUCAACACAGGGCCCAACCUCCCAGUCUGUUACCAGUUCAACACAGGGCCCAACCUCCCAGUCUGUUACCAGUUCAACACAGGGCCCAACCUCCCAGCCUGUUACCAGUUCAACACAGGGCCCAACCUCCCAGCCUGUUACCAGUUCAACACAGGGCCCAACCUCCCAGCCUGUUAA